AUGGCUUACGAAACCCCCGUUAAGAAAACGAAACGUCCUCUAGACAUUGAUCGUGACGAUGAUGAACACAGACCGACCCAAUCAAUUGAUUACUGGCCCCACUUUGUAGUGAUCGAGACUCAUGAUAAGACGCCACUGAAGUUGAACCCUUUUGCGGUUUCAAAGGCUAUUCAAGGCAUUGCAGAGAAGAAUGUCCAAGGUCAGCUUGAUGUCACAGAUUUCAAGGACACCUUCUUGGAAUGCUCCGUCUGUGUCGAACACUUCAACCAGACAAAUCGACGUCCCCGACAUCUCAAUUCCUGUCUCCACGCCUUCUGUACAAUUUGUCUGCAGACUCUGCUCACAAAAGAGGGAGGAAACAAGAUCACUUGUCCAUUGUGUCGACAGGUCCAGACCGUGAGGGGAACUGCCGACACAUUACCGAUUGAUCCAGUUCGGGAUAAACUGACGGAAUAUCUACAGAUGAAGAUUGAAAAGAAAACCUUUUGCACAGAUUGUCCAGAUGGAAAUGAAGCUGAGUCUAGAUAUCACAAAGACCACGAGAUAAGGAAACUUGAAAAUGCAGCAGAAGCUAAAAAAGCAAAGAUCGAACAAAACCUUCAGCGUAUUACAAAGAUGUCAGAGUUAACACAAGAAGCACUCGAGAAAGACGCUAACCAGAAAGGGACUAUAACCGCCAUCAUGGAACGGAGUGAGUAUGACAUAAACACCUUAUACAACAGCUUGACGAAUGCAGUGGAACGUAAACGAAAACGACAACUAGCAUAUUUUAAUAAGAGGAGCCUUGAGGCACUGGCCACAGUGAAAACUACAGCGGAAGCUCAUAGGCAAACCAUGGCUAAGAUAGAAGCAACACAAGGAUAUGUCACAAAACUGGAGGAGACGGCAGAUGCUGUUGAGAUGCUACAGAUGUACCCUUCUAUAAUGGGGAGUAUGGAAGGGAUCACGGAAGUUCCAGAAUGUCAAGAUAUUGAUCGCAGAAAUCUCAGAUUUAAAACAGAUGCAACAGCUUUCAAAAAGAGUCUAUCAGAAUGUGCAGAUAAGGCAAUAGCUGACGGUAUGUAUCUCCAUGCAAAAUUAACCGCACUGAUGCGCAUGGUCAUCGGUCCUAAAAUUUCCUUUUGA